CAGAGCGGAAGCGCCAGAGUGCGGGGGCCAGAUAGUGCGGCCCCGCCGUGCCGGGACCUGAGUGUCUGUUGGCAGUGGCAGCGACCGGCUCUGAGCCUCGGUACUGUGUCUGUCCACUGAACUUGGGUUCCGAGAGGUUUGUACCUGGAUUCCGGGCCCAGGGCCUUGUGUCCGGGCCGUCUCUGCUCCCCGCAACCCGAAUCUACGACUACUUCCUCGUCGACCUGCCCUCCCCAUCCCCCAGAUUUUGAUCCCUAACUCCCCUCGGAAAUCUGGCACUGGGCAGCUGUUGAACACAGGCUCAGUGCCUGCCUUGCUGCUCAUUGGUAGCAGAAGUGCGGAGUCUGCCCCGGCAGAGCUUUCUCAAGACAAAGAAUGUACAUAAUCCAGCUGCUUUUGAAAGUAAAUAUAGAAGGGAUCAUUUCUGCUCCAAACAGUUGAGAAUCAGAGGCUUUUCAAAAUGCCUGCAGUUUCAAGUGAUGUGAAGAAACUGUAUCUGUCUACGUGUUUGGCUGAUCUCAAUAAGAAAGCAGAAGUGAAACUGGAAAAGAAAAGCACUAAAAACAUUGUUGUGAGUGCCUGUAAAAUUUUCAAGGCUGCAGAAGAAAGUAGGUUGGACAGAGAUGAAGAAAGAGCCUACGUUCUUUACAUGAAGUACUUAGCUGUGUAUGAUCUAAUUCGGAAAAGGAAUGAUUUUAAGCAUCAGCAGGACUACUAUACUUCUUUACUUGGCCCUACAAGCUUCAGGAAAGCCAUAGAGGAGGCAGAAAGACUUUCUGAAAGCCUGAAGUUAAGAUACGAGGAAGCUGAAGUACGUAAGAAGCUUGAAGAAAAUGAUAGAUUGCAAGAAGAGAAAAGCAAAGAGCAAGAAGGAGCAAAAAGCAAGGGGCAGGAUAACAGCUUGACAGCAGCAAUCAAGGGGGACACGGUGUUAAGCAACAUCAACGAAUCCAGUACAGAGCACAUCGUUUUGUCUCGAGGAACAAUCAGUGCAGAAAAGCUGUUUGCAAUGUUGCAAGGUGAAAACACUAAGGUGAUCAUUAUGGAUGCUCGGAGCUCCAAGGAUUACCGGGAAUCUCACAUUCAUAUGGCCAGGUCGUGCUGUAUAAGUGUGCCAGAGGAAGCUAUCAACCCAGGCAUCACUGUAAACCAGAUAGAGUUGAAACUGCCAGAAGAAUCAAAGGAGAUGUGGCGAAAACGGCAGUGCGUUGAUUACAUUGUUUUGUUGGAUUGGUUCAGUUCCAUCAACCAAGUGAAAAGGGGAAGUGUUCUUCAAAGCCUCAAAGAUGCACUUUACAAGUGGGAUAGUCAAGUAAUUGUUCAGAAUGAACCAGUGGUAUUGGAGGGUGGCUAUGACAGCUGGCUUCUCUGCUACCCAAUGUACACCACUAAUCCCAAAGUGACUGCUCCAAAGGAAGAAUCCUCUACAACUGUUCAAGUGUCCUUGAAUUUUAGUUACCCGUCCUUGGAGGAACCCCCUCCACCUUGCCCACCCUCUGGAGACCUCGAUGAAGGGAAGGCUUUCCAAGAAUUGGGAAGAUUUAAUGGAAGUUUAUCUGAGCUAGAUGCAACAACAAAAGAAGUCGGCAUAGAAACAAUGAAUGUGCCUAAUGGUGUACCUGGUUUGAAGGAUCUAGCAUCAACUGGUGGACACCCUGUUGCAGUGAAAAAUAUUCCUCAGGUUGAUCGAACUAAUAAACCUACACUAAAAGUGCCAGAGAGGUCUAGUUCUGGUACAGAAAGUUUACCUGUUCACAAUGGACCAGUAGUACCCGAUCGGUCAACAAAGCCAUGUGUGGAGCCCCAAAACCUGUUAACAGAUGAUGAAAUAAGUCAGAUCCAUACUGAAGCAGCACUGAUUAGCGAAAAGGCCAAAAAAGAAAAGGAACAGCGUGAACGAAGGCAGGAAGAGCAAAGAAAAAAGGAACAGUUAGAUCAAGAAAAAGAACAGCGUGAGGAAGAAGCAAAGGUGCUUAAAAUAAAAGCUGAGCAAGAGAAACAGAGCAAAGAAUUCAAAGAACAAAAACAGGAACUGGAAUACAAAUGGCAGAAAGAUGAUGAUGAAAGAAAACAAUCAACAGAGCAAGUAAAGGAGUCUGUAGAAGAAAAAGGCAAAACUGAAAGUCCGAUAAGAGAACAAGGGAAUGUGAGGAAAGAUGUACAGGAACAACCUGUACCUGAGCCAGAAGCUAGCAGCUCCAGAGGAAAGCAGGCACAGCAGCAAGACCUUGGUGAAAAGAGACAGGAAAGUGGAGGCCUGCAAUCAACAGUGUUGAAAGAGAAUGAUAGAACAAAUGAACCUAGAGAAGUGUUAACCAGAGCAAGAAGUGAAGAAAUGGGUCGGACUGUUCCGGGUUUGCCACAGGGAUGGAUGAAGUUUCUUGAUGUGGUAACUGGAACCUAUCGAUACUAUCAUUCACCAACCAACUCUGUUCACAUGUACCCACCUGAAAUGGUACCAUCGAUCACACCGCCUGCAACUCCUCCGACCCACAAAGCCAAACCACAAAGUGUAACUGAUGCUGACGUUCCCAAACUGAAACGUUCCUACUCCUCGCCAGAUAUUGCUCAGGCGAUUCAUGACGAGCAGAGCAAGGUGAAAACAACCAAACCAGUGCCCACAGUCAACCGGGAAACAAAACCCUCUGUUUGCAGCAAAACAGAAAUCUCAAGCCCUUCUGCUUCUCAAAUUCGAAACCUGAACCCAGUGUAUGGAGGUCUGGGCCGAGCCCUGACAGGACUGCGCAACCUGGGCAACACCUGCUAUAUGAACUCCAUCUUGCAGUGUUUGUGCAACACCCCACGGCUAGCUGAGUACUUCAAUAAAAAUUGUUACCAGCGAGAUAUAAACAGAUCAAACAUUCUUGGCCAUAAAGGUGAAGUGGCUGAAGAGUUUGGUAUAAUAAUGAAGACUUUGUGGUCAGGACAAUACAAAUGCAUCAGUCCACGAGACUUCAAGGGUCGCAUAGGAAAAAUAAACGAUACGUUUGCAGGAUACGUACAACAGGAUUCCCAGGAGCUGCUCCUGUUCCUUAUGGAUGGUCUUCAUGAAGAUCUAAACGAAGCUGAACGGAAGAGAUACAAAGAGGAAAAUAAUGACAACUUGGAUGAUUCAAGAGCAGCUGAUUUAGCCUGGAAGAAGCACAAACUGCUCAACAAGUCCAUCAUUGUUGCCCUGUUCCAGGGGCAGUUUAAAUCGACGGUUCAGUGCUUGACUUGUCAUAAACGGUCCCGGACUUUUGAGGCAUUUAUGUACCUGUCUCUGCCUCUUCCAUCUUCCAGCAAAUGUACUCUGCAGGAUUGUCUCAAAUUAUUUUCCAAAGAAGAGAAACUGACUGACAACAAUCGCUUCCAUUGUAGCAACUGUAAGGCACACCGGGACUCCACAAAGAAGCUGGAGAUCUGGAAGCUGCCCCCUAUCCUACUGGUGCACCUGAAACGAUUCUCUUAUGAGGGGAGAUGGAAGCAGAAGCUGCAAACCAACGUUGACUUUCCGUUGGAGAAUCUGGAGUUGUCAAACUACAUGAUUGGUCCAAAGAACAACGUGAAAAAAUACAAUUUGUAUGCAGUGUCGAACCAUUAUGGAGGACUGGAUGGAGGGCACUACACAGCCUACUGCAAGAAUGCAGUGAAGCAACGCUGGUUCAAAUUUGAUGACCACGAAGUCUCAGAGAUAUCUGCUUCUUCAGUGAGGUCAUCCGCUGCCUACAUCCUCUUCUACAGCUCGUUGGAGCUUUGUGUAGCUGACUUAGCCACAUAGCAGCAUUCGGCACUUCAUUCUUCUCUGUUAGUGUUAUACCUGGCUGCGUUGGGCAUGUACUUAGAAAGACAACGCAGAAGCAAACACUUGCACAAUGACAGCAUAACUGGGUGACUGUCCAUUGUGCUCACAGUAUCUGCAUCCCAGAAAGAUGAACUUUAGUUAUGCAACAGAAUUUAAAACCUCUAUUAGAAUGAUUACAAGAAUGUCAAAUCCUGUUCCCAAGUGGAGUUUGUAGUUUUGCAAUAGUUCCACAAGCCAGAAUUUCAUUGCUUCAUAAGACAGAAAUACUUGUUUGAUUCUCUCCAAUAACUUCCUGUUGUACCGGCCUUUCUAGAUCAGUUAUAGUGAAUCUUUCUGUACUCUGUAAAAAUAACUGGGAGAAACAUAAACUGAUGGGACUGUAUCUGUACAUAAUAACUGCAGACUGCUCAAAAUGUCUGUGUGUGUAUAUAAGCUAUAAAUACUUUUAAAAAAAGUAAUACUUUUUCUUUGAAGUAAUGUUGCCUAUAUUUCUACCUAAAACCAGAGCAAGUGCUGAAUUGAAGAUGUAACUGUGCUGCACCUGAAAUUAACCAAAAGUUGUAUUGCAGAUUAUUUUCAGACUUUUGCAAAAGCUGUGUGUAUAAAAUAUACUAAUCUAUUAAUUCAAACAACCAGUCUGACUUGCUAAUGAGUGAUCAUUCUCUUUAUUAGGAGACUGUUUCCACACCAGUGCAGACAUGUUCCUAUAGGAUUGCUGAGAUACUAGUGCAAACUGAUGUACCAGUGUAGUUGAAGUUAGCUGCAGUGGAGAAAUGUGAAAUCCCCCAUAACCUCUACUGCUAUCUACUUUCCAACAAGGUGGCUGAUAUCGUUGAAAUUCCCUGCCUUCUCCCUUGGGGAAGGCUAAGGAAAAUAGUGUGUGAUAGAAUGUUGGUCUAGGGUUAAAAGGGAAGGAAGUGAUAUUAUAAUUCAGACUCCAUCCCCGUGAUACCCCAUGCAUGGUACAAAUGAGCAGGAAUCAGAAUCAGAAUCACCGGCAAAUGUUGUGUUCAUUGUCGUGUCGUUGUUGCACAAACAGGGUACUAUGUUACAUGCCUAUGUAUAUAUUGAUUUGAUAAUGCAACAAAUAUUGAAUAGAGCUGGAUUCACUUCUCAAGGCACCAGUAUAGGAGGGGCCCCGUGAAACUGAAGCUAAAUGAGUUUGCACCGUCUAGCCUUGCAUUCCCAUGAAGUUUGAAAGUUGAGGAGUAACAUAGCAGUUGUUUAAUGUGUUAAGGGAUAUAGAGAAAAUCACUCCUCCAAGCUCUAAUGUUCCUUGUCAAUUACUUAAGGUUGUAAGGGUAGACCUGAACAGUGUUGGCAGGAGAUACCAGAUCUGCCCCCAAAAAUCAGGGAGAAAGUAAAAAACCAAAUUCCUCUUACGGGAGAGGCUCAAGAAAGUGGGUCAUGUUAAAGCCAUAUCCUGCCAGGGUUGUAUAAAUUUCACAAUACUCUUGGAAAUUAGUAUUUUUCAAAGAGUAGCUUUUAUUUGAAAAUGUAAAUCAAUUAACCAUCGUGUGUGGAGUAACUGAGCAUGGAUCUUAUUGCAGGAAUAGAUAUGAGGUCUAAUCACUUUCUGUUAAGGAGCACCUCUCCCUUCCUGGGCUUUCUUUACAUCUCUGACGUCACAGUGGUUGUGCACUGGUUACUUUGGUUUCACCUGCUUUUUUUCCAGCUUUUGUUUUCAGUGGACUCUUGCAUGCACAUUGUGAAUGUUGUAUGUCAAUGUUGGAGAUGGCACUUAGCCAAUGACAACGCACUCAGCAAGCUGCACAGGCAGCACUCCAAAGCAUUUAAUCCCAAUACGCAUGCACCAGUUAAUGACAAGGUGAUGCAUAACUAUCUAGAAUUACCAACACAUGUUCUAAAAAUUGAUUUUUCUCAAAGAUUUGCAUUAGCACUUUAAGAAACUUAAUUUGAAUGCUUAUUUGUCUGUUUCUACAGUGAUAUGCUGGAGUUCAGCCCAAGGCAACACAUAAUUAUGAAAGGUCUUAAAUCACAUUGAAGAGAUUAGCUGUCUGUCUCUAGCGAUGGUUUACAAUUUGCUCUCCUUACUUGAUCUGUGUUCUGGUGCAGCAACACUAAAUAUUCCAUUUGAAUUAUUGAAGUAUCUGGUAAUAUCAACUCUAUUUGAAAUGAUUAAACUAUUAUAAAGAUUGUCUUCCAGUGUGAUGGCAACAUCUGUGAAUCAUUGAGGGAACAGCUAGGAAUAGGUCUUGUGUGUUUAUAGUUGGCUUAUGAGACAAUCCAUGCAUGCAUUUAUUUCUGCAGCACCUCUCAUAGUACAUGCCUAUAUAAUUUGUGUUAUUUUAAUACUUUACAUUAGUUCUGUUAUGUUUUGUUAGCAUUUUUCUGUAUUUUUCCUCAAUAUUAAACUGAUGCAACAGAUCAUUUGCUCAA